AUGAAGUCAUCUUUCUCUCCAUUGCUUCUUCUGCUGAUCCUUUUGGUGGCCUUCUUCCCCUACACGCGCUCCCUCGAUGCCACAGCACCAUCUUCAAACAGCUCCGAAUCCGACCGGCAGACGCUUCUCUGCCUCAAGUCUCACCUCGCAAGCAACCUCGCCACCACAGCGUUGGCAACAUGGCGAGACGACUCCCAGAGCUUCUGUCAAUGGCGUGGAGUGACGUGCAGGACCAUGCAAGGCACAGCGUCUCGCGUUGUCGCGCUAGACCUCGCUUCACUGAACCUGACCGGUCAGAUACCUCCUUGCAUCGGCAACCUCAGUGUCUUGACAAGGAUACACAUGCCAGACAACAAGAUCAGCGGCAACAUUCCUCCAGAGAUAGGCCAGCUGGCACAACUCAGGUACCUCAACCUCAGCAUCAACUCAAUUGGUGGCGUGAUCCCCGAUGCGCUGUCAAUGUGCUCCCUCCUCGAGAACAUCGGCCUGUCGAGCAACCUCCUAGAAGGUGGGAUCCCUUCAGCUCUUGGUCAAUGUUUAUCCCUGGAGCAGCUUUUUCUUAGUGACAACUUGCUUCAGGGGCACAUCCCACCUGGGCUUGCCUUGCUUCAGAACCUUUCUGUCUUAUCAUUUUAUAGUAACAAGCUUUCAGGCACCAUUCCCCAGUUCCUAGGAGGUAGCUCACGUCUUACCAAGCUUGAUCUAGACAACAACACUCUCACCGGAGAAAUUCCGCGCUUCCUAGCGAAUUCCUCCUCGCUUUCUUACCUUAACCUUGCAGCAAACAGGCUCAGCGGAGAGAUCCCUCCUGCACUAUUCAAUAGCUCAUUGCUUCACACCUUAGAUCUCUCUUACAAUGGAUUUUACGGGUCAAUCCCACAAUUCUCUCAUGCAUCCUUGCCUUUGAAUUAUCUUAGACUGACUAGCAAUAACCUUUCAGGGAUCAUACCUAGCUCACUAGGGAAUUUUUCUUCCCUAUCUUUCCUAUUGCUUGCUCUAAACAACUUGCAAGAGACCAUUCCAGAGAGCUUAGGUAGCCUUGUAGGUUUGCAAGAAUUAGACCUGACAUAUAACAAUUUGUCGGGCACAGUUCCUCCAGCUAUUUAUGCAAUCCCAUCCCUCACUUACCUUGGACUUGGAGCCAAUCAUCUAGUUGGGAGAAUUCCAGCCAACAUUGGUUAUACACUCCCCAGAAUACAGACGUUGGUACUGCAACGUAACCAGUUUGAUGGCCCAGUGCCUCCUUCUUUGGCCAAUGCCUCGAACCUUCAAUACCUUGGCCUUCGUAGCAAUAUGUUCAGUGGUGUCAUUCCUUUCCUGGGGUCUUUGACAAAUCUGGUCACACUGGAUCUGGGCGAGAAUCUGCUUGAAGCUGGUGAUUGGACUUUCUUGUCCUCGUUAACAAGUUGCACACAGUUGCAGAUAUUAUACUUGCAUAGCAAUAAUCUUCAAGGAGAGUUGCCUACUUCCAUUGCCAAACUUCCAAAAGGCUUACAAUGGUUGCUUCUGAAUGAUAACCAAAUAACUGGUUUUAUACCUCCAGAUAUAGGAAAUCUCACCAGUCUCACUCUUAUUCAUAUGGAGAGAAAUUUCCUCUCAGGGCCUAUUCCUGCUACACUUGGAAAUAUUCAGACUUUGUUUGUCCUGAAUUUAGCAGAAAACAAUUUUUCUGGAGAAGUCCCACAGUCAAUUGGAAACCUUGGCAAUCUAAGUGAACUUUAUUUGGAAAAAAAUAUAUUAAGUGGGUUGAUACCUGCCAGUUUAGCAGGAUGCAGAAGCUUGACUAGACUGAACCUUUCUUGUAAUAGCUUUCACGGAAGCAUCCCUCCUAAACUGUUUUCAGUUUCCUCACUUUCCGAAGGCUUGGAUUUGUCAUAUAACCAGCUAAUAGGAACAAUACCAUCAGAAAUUAGCAGCUUAAAUAAUCUUGAACUCCUUAAUCUUUCCAACAACCAGCUAUCUGCAAAAAUUCCUGCCAGUCUUGGCCAGUGCCUUAACUUGCAGUCACUUCGCUUGGAUGCAAAUUACCUUGAAGGAAGCAUUCCUGCCUCUUUGAUGAACUUACGAGGCAUUGUUGAGAUGGAUCUCUCGCAGAACAACUUGUCUGGAGAAAUUCCAAGCUUCUUUGAGUCAUUCAGCUCUCUGCAACUUCUGAAUCUGUCCUUCAACAACCUUCAAGGGACAGUACCUGCAACUGGUGUGUUUGGCAAUUCAAGUGUAGUGUUCAUCCAAGGAAACAAAAAUCUAUGCGCAGAUUCUGAGAUACAACAACUACAACCUUGCAUUACAUCAACAUCCAAAAGAAAAAGGACUUCAUAUGUUGUCAUGGUGCUGGUUCCGCUUGUUGUUGUUGUUCUAGUCUUGCUCAUAUGUGCCAUAGCAAUUAUACAAAGGAAGAAGCAAGCACCUAAACAUCCAAUUAACCAGUCUUCAGAGAGGUGGAAGAGAUUUUCAUAUCACGAUCUGUACAAGGCAACAGGGGGCUUCUCUUCUGUUAACUUGGUUGGUGUGGGAGGGUCUGGAUCCGUCUAUAGAGGUACAUUUGUGGCCGAACCACGCAUAGCUGCAGUCAAGGUAUUCAGGCUUGAUCAAGAUGGAGCAUCAAAAAGUUUCAUUGCUGAGUGUGAGGCUUUGAGGAACACACGCCAUCGAAAUCUCAUAAGGGUGAUAAGCCUAUGUUCUACGUCUGAUCCAUCAGGGAAUGAAUUCAAAGCUCUUGUUCUUGAGCACAUGUCGAACGGUAGCCUAGAAAGCUGGCUCCAUCCAGAAUUGGAAAAACAUGGCUCAAAAAGGUCACUCAGUCUUGGGCUAAGGAUAACAAUUGCGACAGACAUAGCUGCUGCCUUGGACUAUCUCCAUAACCGAUGCACACCUCCUUUGAUCCAUUGUGAUCUCAAGCCAAGCAAUGUCCUUUUGGACAAUGACAUGUGUGCUCGUGUUGGUGACUUUGGAUUAGCACAGUUUCUUUACGACCAUCCAUCCGAAAGCUUGAGAGGGGCAAGAGGAUCAAUUGGAUACAUUGCACCAGAGUAUGGCAUGGGCAGCAAAAUGUCAAUUGAGGGCGAUGUAUACAGCUAUGGAAUCCUUCUGUUAGAAAUGCUGACGGGAAAGAGGCCAACAGAUGAGAUGUUUAAGGAUGGACAUGGCCUCCACAAGUUUGUGGAACUAUCAUUUCCUCACAAGAAUGGCGAUAUUUUGGAGGCCAAUCUCGUUCAGCAAUACCAGGACGAACAAACAAGUAGUAAAAUUACAGGCGAUUGGACACAUGUAAUGGUCGGCAUGCAAAACUGUGCAAAGCGACUGACAGAACUUGGUCUAAAAUGCUCCACGGAUUCACCAAAAAGCCGACCAACUAUGCAAGAAGUUUAUACUGAAGUUAUGUCAAUCAAAGAAACAUUUUUGGCACUAUGUGAUUGA